AUGUCCAAGCGAUCUCGAAUUAUUUACGAGUGUUGUUUUCUUUUAUGGACGAUUGGAAUAUUACUUCCCUUAGCACCUGGUAUUAAGGACAAACUAAUGGACACCACGUUUAUCAAGGGAAUGUUUAAGUGCCACAUUGUUUUUAACAAAAGGGCAUGCCACGAAGUUGUAAGCUUCGAAAUAGUUCAUCGCGUAUUUCUGGCUAGUGCAUUGUAUCAUUUCUUCUUAACAUGCUCUUUGCUUCCAAAUGUCCAAGAAUUUCGCGAGCUCUUGCACAACCGUUGUUGGAUAUUCAAGCUAAUGGUCUUCACGGGUUUUGCUACAGCGAGUUUCUUCAUACCCCAACAAAAUAAUUUUAUUGUUUAUUCUUCCUACAUUGCACUGUUUGGCGCCUCUAUAUUCCUCGUCUUCCAGUUUUGUUUGGCCGUUGACCUCGCAGAGGCUUCCGUGACACUAGCAACAACAAUGAAGGAACAAAACAAGCACAGAUGUAAAAUAUCUCCCAGCGUUAUCAAAGUUAUGAUUAUACUGAAGUCUUUCGAGUUAUUUGUCGUUAGUUUUAGUCUUAUCGGGUACAUAGUUGUCACUACAGCAAGACAAGACUGUACGUGGAACGACGUUUUUAUGGCGCUAACCUUGGGAGCAUGUUUCGUCGGUUUUGCCAUCUCUUUGCAUCCACGAAUUAGACCAAACCUUCAUCCAGCGGUUGUUUUCUUGCCAUGCGCAGUAGUGACUUUCCUCUCGGUUUUGCCCAUGGUUAUUGCGCUUUCGGCGCAAGACAAUCCCGGAUGUAACUUUGAAGCGUCCCUGCUCUCCGCAAAGAAUCUUCCAAUUGGCGUAAACUGGCGAAUUAUUGUAGCUACCUUAACUACGCACACGGUACUGUUCUAUGAGUGCUUACGAAAUAAAGAAAGUUCUUUUACGUUUGGACUUCUGAGAGGGGUAAAUUUUACAAAUGAAACGCAUCAAGGAACAAAUUGUCAAACGAAGAACGAUGCGGAGUCACAAUACAGCUAUCCUGCAUUUCACUUUCUAAUGUUUACUGCGUCUUUGUAUAUGCUAACAACUAUGACAAACUGGUACGGACCGGUUAUUAACCAGUUUUCAAGGAGUGACCAUCCCGUGCGCGUACUUACUGGGCUCAAGUUUCAUUGGAAACCAGCUCAAAUAGUAACCAUGGUAAUGUGUUUCCUUCCUAUUUUGCUUUACAUUUGCUUGAUGCUCUACGCCAUAAUGGCAAAGGCCUCAAUCACCAUGCAUAGUCAAACGCAGUAUUCUAGUAUGGCGCAGGGAAAAAAUUAUAGAAAUCAGAAUUCUCCUCCCGCCGACGAGAAAUACCACGACAGAAGCCAUAAAGACGUCUCCAAGAAGAGGGAUUUUUAUAUCAGUGAAAUUGAUUUUUCGGUGGCUUGUAAGAUGCUGAAAUCUGACUUUCAAGGCGAGAAAGAAGAUUUUCACGCUUCACAUAUUCCGCACGCGGACGAAUUGGCAGUUAAAUGCAAGACAAUAAGAGAGACUUCUAUGAUUCUUUACCAUUUUCCAAGAGAGAUUUCUCAGUCUUGCUACGGCGGGAGAAAUGGAAGCAACGCCUGCACUAUAAUCGCUGUAUUGAUUGCGCGGGCGUUUUGUUGUAGUGAUAUUACAGUACCUGCCAUCGGCUUAUCAAGAAAACUCGAGCAACGGACUGGGGAUGAGUGCAAAGCGCGAGCAACCGAGUCUUGGAAGCGACCGACUGGAGAGGAGUCACGUGACAGAGAAUCUCUACAGACAGGAAACCUGAGCGAGGAUUGGAUUAAUUUACUUAGCAGCUGUAUUGCCGAAGGGAACCGAUUAUACGACAAGCUUGUAAACUCUAAACGGCAAAGCGUGAUUUAUCUAUCAGUGGAAGAUGUAUCAGAAGAGUUUGGAAGUGCGUUGCAGAUUAAAAACCUCGGCAGCUCGCUGCCAGUAAGCUUCAUAUCGGAAACGGAGACGGCUACGGUUCUUUUUCAGCUUGAAAGAUUACGGAGACUUGACGAACGACGACAAGCUGUAAUAUUCAUCAAAGAUUAUAGAACAGGGGUAUUUCUAUUCGAGAAAGACGGCCCCGUGUUAUUUGUUGAUUCUCAUCGUUAUGGUUCAGGAGGGGCAGUGAUUAUUUGCGCAUGCCUAGUUAAUGAAUUGGUUCUUCUGUUAGCGGAGAUAAUGCAUUUGGCUUCGUUGGAAGGUCUUGGUACACUGACCCCGGUAUAUUUUAGCUAG